UCCUACCCAGGGGUGGACUAACAACUCAUGGGGCUCCCGGGCAAUAGGGGAUCAUGGGGCCCCUGUGUCCUUGCCCAAACUCAAAAAAAGCCUAGGGGCAUCUCAUGGGGCCCCCUACUGUCCCCGGGCCCUUGGGCAGUGCCCGAGUUUCCAAAUGGUCAGACCGCCCCUGGUGCUACUGUCAUGCCCUGGAAGAUGCAGAGUACACAGAAUUAAAAAAAACACAACCCCACAUUCCAUAAACUCUUUCUUAUCCCAUUAUCCCUAAUUAUUCUAAAAUAUUACAAUUUUUUUAAUUUUAUUUUAUGUUU